AUGAUGGUCUCCUUUGAUGUCGUCUCCCUCUUCACGUUCAUACCGUUGGAUUUGGCAAAACAAUGCACAGAGGAUCUCCUGAAGUCCUGCGACACGGAUGUUCCCGCUAUUGCCUUACUCGAACUCUUAGACCUGUGUAUGGAAACCAAUUUUUCGUUCGACCAACAAUACUACCAACAACUGAAAGGAGCCCCAAUGGGGUCACCUAUCUCUGGCUUCCUCGCCGAGAUCACAAUGCAGAAACUGGAGGCCACGGCUCUUCCGUUAGUUAACCCUAAAUUGUGGCUGCGGUACGUGGACGACACAUUUGUGAUCGUUAAAAAGGAUCAACUAGAAACGCUCCACAACAUCAUUAACUCAACAAUGCCGGGGAUUAAAUUCACACUCGAGAAAGAAGUUGACAAAGAACUCCCAUUUUUGGAUGUUCUCGUGCAGCGGAAGACCGACGGGACAUUGCGCACAUCAGUGUACCGCAAAGAAACCUAUGCGGAAAUCAUUCAACACUACGAGAGCUACCACCCCAUUUCCCACAAACGGAGCACGGUCAACUGUCUGCUUAAUCGGGCAAAAACACACUGCUCGGACGAAGAAGGCUACCGAGCCGAACUAAGUUACUUGUGUGAAUUAUUUUCCCGAAAUGGGUACCCCAAGGAUUUUGUGCGCCGAUGCAUGAGACAGAAAGAGUCAAAGGAAAGGGAACAAAGAACCUCCAGUCAGACACCGAAGCCAAAUACAUGGCGAACCCUCCCUUACAUCAAAAACGUGUCUGAACUCGUGGAAAGGCACCUAAAGAGACACCAGAUUCGGGUGGCACACAGACCGACGACUACACUACGUACUCAGAUAGUACAUCCUAAGGAUAGGGUCGACUAUUUGGAUAGAAAGGAAGUCGUCUACAAGAUCCCAUGUGAGGCCUGUGAUGCAGUUUAUUGUGGUCAAACAGGAAAAAUCCGCCUCUACACGCAUUCACGAACACCAACUUGCAGUAAAGAGGCGAGACCACUUGUCUCAAGUAGCCAUGCAUAGCUUGGACACCGGGCAUACGUUUGCUUGGGACAGAACACGGAUUGUCGGUGCCUGCCCCUUCAAGAAAGGCCGAGAGUUCCUUGAGGCCAUGCACUCAGAUGAAUCGUGCAUCAACCGUCACAUCGAGUUGGACGCCGCGUACAAAAGUCUCAAGGAGAAAUGGAAGAGACGAGAGCCAAUCGGGACGGAAUGA